AGCAGGGCAGACAAACAACACAUGGACUCCUCCACCCCCCUCCCCGCACGUGCAUCAACAUUCUAGGCCUCAGCUGCCUUGCCAGCAGAGAGAAGAGCGAGCUGAAAGACAGAUGAGGUUGGAGGGAGGAGGAACGAUGGGACGUGGUGUCCUGCAGAGAAAGGGAUGAUUCUCAUUGGAGGCUGCUGAGGGGAAAAGAUUGCUUGGAAUUUGAGGAUAGCCGUGGAGAGGAGAACUUCUCAGUCGUACUGCGGCCCACGGUCCCGACUUCACGAACCCAGUAAGAGCAAGAUGGCGCCCUCCAAGCUCAAGUGGCUUAUUGUGGUCCCGUUCCUGCUCGAACUCGCUCUGUGCAGGACGCAGCCUUUGGCUCCUGGUGCUUCUCCGGCCAGCGGCGUCCGUGGGGAUGAAGUGACGCCCACGCCGGAUUCUCUGACGCUUCCGUCUGGUCCCGAAUCGACGUUGGCACGUGCAAAGAAGUCAGCCAAACGCAUCGUGUCGCUCCUGAGGGCAAAGAUCCAAGAGAAGAUUCCGGCUCUCCAUGUUGACGGGAACGUCAGCUGUGGUGAGCUGCUAUCUGCCAGCGGCCUGGAUGACUCCUUGUCCUCCAUGUUCCCUCAGGAGCUUCUGGGUCUGUCUCUGGUGCCGGUGCUGGUGGUGGCAGGCUGCCCACAGGAGGCCCACACCCUGGUCGUCAAGCUCUAUGGCCUGCUGGGGGUGGGCGAUACAGACCAGCUCCUCCUGGAGGUGCAAGAUCUCAUCCAGAGGAGGCGGAUGUCCGUGUCUGAACCGUCCCCUCAGGAGAGCGGGCACCACCUAGAGGCAGUGAUGUUUAACAUUCAGCAGCUGGCCACAGCGGGACGAGCCGACCAGGGGUCCAACUGUGACGGCUGGACCCAAGUCAAUGGAAGCGCACUGCUUGGAGAAGCUGUCCAGGAUGCCCCAGGUGGGUUGGAGGAGGCGGUGGACACCUGCGAGAGACUGGGGGUCAGAUGUGCUGGUGUCAGAAGCAGUGGACUCCCUGGACGAUAUCAGGCGGUGUUCAAGAGAGGGAGUCGCGUCCUGCCCUCCCAGUCCACCGAAUGUUGGAUCCUUUGGUGCAGCGAUGCCUCGGCUGGACGCAUGCGACGCAGCCUCCGGCGGGGAUGCGUCAGCCAAAGCGAGGAGCGCGUGUACAAGGUGAUGGAGUGGAUCCCUGCGGUCAGCACCCUCUACAACCUGGGCACAGCCGUGUAUUACGCCUCGGUCAACUGCUCCGAAACGGCCAGAGAAAGAGCCGUGCUCACCGCGGUGGACCUCGGCACGGACGUCCUCAUGGUCGCCACGGGCGGAACCGCCGGCGUGGCCGGUUAUGCUCUCGGGGCCGGGGUCAAGACGGGAGUUAAAGCCGGGGUCAAGUACCUGCUUAACUCUUUGAAGCGUGAAGAUGACGUGUUGGUCAACCAGUCCAGCUGGCGGGACGGCAUCUUCACCGUACAGUGAACUCACAUCGCCUCUGCGUAUUCCUCACAAUAGCUCAAUAACAACACAGCGUCAAUCAAACAUAAAUGCUAAGGGUGGGCGACGCUGCGCCAUUAGGUAUCCAUCUGAUACCAAGGAAAUGGAGGGCCGGUAUCGCCGCUACAGGUACUUUUUACUUGACAUUUUUCAAUCCCUAUGAAAUGAUUUUGUGAUCUUGCCUUUGAUUUCUUGUUCAUGAUUAAACCAAACUUGUUAAUCAACAAUCUAACAUAUAUAGCAGCAUGAGUAUUAUGUAACAUAAAAAGACAAGAUAUUUGUGAAAAAAACAGAGGACAACUGAAGAAUAUCCAUCUAAUCGCGCUAGCAUCCGUCUGAUACCGAUAUUUGGAUGGAUCUGCCCACCCCCACUGAAUGCAUACAUCUUUUUUUAUGUUUACUGGAGCUACUGUGUGACACUCAUGAAGGUGACUGUUCCUCAAGUUGUUUCAUAAAUGUUUCAUUGUCAUGCUGAAACAUCAAAUAAUAAACUGCAAAUGUGUCAGCACUGGCGUCUGC